GGAGAGGCUCCUUCAAGGUGGUAUCCUGCUGCUGCUUGCCAAGGCCUUCACCAAGCAUAGCCCUUUAGGGCAGGCACUACCAUGCUGAUUAGCUGGCCUGGCACACUCCGCUCUCUGCCUUUUUGAGCCUUUCAUGCCGCCCCCCCCCCAUUUUUUCUUAAAUUCUGACUAGUGACUUGUAAGAGGGAGAGGUGUUCCCUGGUGUGCUGGCUCUGUCAUCCACCAGCUCAGCCCUGUUCCCUUCACAGCGCUAGUACAUUAUGGGGAUGGCCACUUGCCUGCCACCAACCAAACCAACAUGGCAGGAGGCGAAAAACCCUUACUUUGAAUGGCCAAGUAAUACAUUUUGUCUAAAGAAACUUAAAUCAAGAUGAAGAACUCCCUCUGUCCCUCCAUUAUCUGCUGAGGACUGGGGUACUUAGGCCAUGCCUUACCAGGGUGGGAGGGAUCCAGCAUCAUUCUUAUGACCCUUAGGUGCCCUCCAGUGACUCCAGGAGCCCUUGAAGCAGUAGAAGCCCCAGUUCCUCUUCAGAUGCUGUUUCACCUCAGUGGGCUGUACUAUGCUCUGUACUUCCUAGCUACAUUCCUGAUGAUUGCAUAUAAAAGUCAGGUUUUCAGCUAUCCUUGUAACUGCCUGGUCCUGGAUCUGGUUCUUUUGCUUCUGAUGGGAAUUCUUGAAGUAGCUCGGCUAUACCUAGGCACAAGAGGCAACCUGACAGAGGCUGAAGUGCCACUGGCUGCCAGCCUGGCAUUCACGGCAGUCAGUGGUCUCCUUUCUGUCCACUUCCUGCUCUGGCAGACCUUGGUACUGUGGAUGGACUCGGUCCUCAGCACCAUUCUCCUGGUGUUGCAUGGGCUGGAGGCUGGCUUGCAGGUGGUGGUCAUUGCUGACUUCAUCAGGUAGACAGACCAGGAUAACCUACACAGCAGUGCUCCUCAGCCUCCAAUCAACUCCUUUGCUCCCAGGUGCAAAGGGUAUCUCUCUUUUUUUUUUUUAUUGACUGUCUAUAGAUGGAUUUAGAUGGCUUAUAAAUCUUUUUUAGUGAGGUGGAUACAGGAACCAGGGAAAAACUGUUAGGAGACUAGAUGUUGAAGAUAGCCAUCAUGGACAGUAGUCAGUCCCAGAGAUGUCUACUCAUGUCAUGUGGCUGGAGUCCUGGCUGUAGCAGCAGGACCACCAGUGAUCGCCAGGCCAGUGGAAGGCAAAGCCUUUGAGGAAGUCAACAGCUGGGGGCAGCCCAGCAGCUCCACCCUGUCUCAGCCCCAGAAAUGCAGCAUCCUGGCGGGAGGACUUGGCUGUGAUGGUGUGUCACCAUGUGUUUUUGCACACAGGAAUUACUGACUUCCGUGCUUCCCACACUGGCCCUGGUUCUUGUUCUGAGAACCUGCUGUACUCUGUUCCCAGGCCUUGGUCCAGGCCUGGAAUCCCUCUGGAGCUUCAGGGUGGCAGGCCUUGUGUUCCAGUGCCCCCCCCAAGUUGGCUCCCCAUAAGGCCAGCCCUGAAUAAAACUGUUUGGUUUUUAAAAGGAAA